CACUACUCAAAUCUCACACACCGAUUGCUUUCUUUCCCGUCAACCCCAGCUAAAACUAUUAUCAUUCGCUUCCCUUUCUAAUGGAGGAUGGAAUUGCAGAUUCAUCAGUACCAGUUGCUUUGAUCGUGGGUGUGACGGGCAUGGCAGGCUUGAGCUUGGCAGAAGCUCUGAAGAAGCCAACAGUACUCUCAUCAUCUGCUACAAAGUUCCCAUGGAAAGUGUAUGGAGUAGCUAGGCAACCCUUGCCAAGCUGGUUUCCUUCUUCUUUGCUUGACCAGUUCAUAUCAGUGGAUGUCCUAGACCAAACCCAAACAUUCCAGAAACUCACUUCUAUAUCCUCUCAAGUCACUCAUGUCUUCUGGGUUGCCCUCCAAAUUCGUGAAACUGAAGAAGCUAAUGUUACUGUGAAUUCUAUCAUGCUAGCCAACGUACUUGAUGUGCUCAUAUCUGCCUCUCCUUCUAGGCUCAGGCAUAUAACCUUGCAAACAGGGACAAAGCACUACCUGGGUCCGAUAUUUGAUCCUCAACUCGCAAACCAGCUUGUACACCACGAGCCACCAUUUGAGGAGCACAUGCCCAGGCUACCUUACCCCAAUUUCUACUAUGCUUUAGAAGAUCUAGUGGCAUCUUACUCGCCUUCCAUUACAUAUUCUGUGCAUCGAUCCUCUAUAAUAAUCGGUGCAUCUUCAAGAAGUUUUUAUAACUGUCUGCUCACUUUAUGUGUGUACGCAACCAUUUGCAGGCACAAAGGGCUACCCUUUAGGUAUCCUGGAAGCAAAUACACAUGGGAGCAUUUCUGUGAUAUGACAGAUGCAAGAGUUCUAGCAGAGCAACAUAUAUGGGCAGCGGUGACGGAUAGGGCUAAGAACCAAGCUUUUAAUUGCACUAAUGGUGAUGUUUUCACUUGGAAAAGGUUAUGGAAGGUCCUGUGUGAGGUGUUUGAUGUUGAAUUUGUGGACUAUGAUGAGAAUGAAAGGUUUGAUUGGGUUGAGGUGAUGAAGGAUAAAGGAAAAGUGUGGGAUGAGAUUGUUAAAAAGUAUGAGCUUUUUAAAACUAAGAUGGAAGAUAUUACUUGCUUCGAUGCCACAAACAAGGUGAUGCAUUUCAAGCUUCAACAUGUUUGCAGCAUGAAUAAGAGUCGUGAGUUGGGUUUUCUUGGGUUUGCUGAUACACUCAAGAGCAUUCGGAUGUGGGUGGGGAGAUUGAGAGACAUGAAAAUUAUUCCUUAAACAUGGUAUGCUUUUCACCUAUGUUUUAAGGCUUGUCUGAUGCUCUACGAGGUGGUCCGUUGAUUUCCCAUUGGAGUUAUCUGCUGAUGGUACUUUUGCGGUCUCCUUAGAGCUUCAUAUUCUGCUCCUGUAGAGGUGCUUGCCAGGAUCUAAGACAUGGGUCAUAGCUGUUAACCACCUAGUGCUUCCUGUUGUUCCGUUUCAUAUUGUUUCUGCUGUUCUUUCGUUCUGGUGUUCUUCAUCGGUAGGGUUUUCGUUCAUGUAAUAAUUCUGCUCACAACUCCUCCAGUUUCGUUGAUUUUCAGCUGGGUUUCUUUUUCCUUUGAUCUUUGUUCAUCUGUUCCUGCUUCGCACCGAGCGGGGAUCAAUGACGCACUACACUUUUUGUGUUUCAAUUGUUUUUCAAUUGAUGAUUGUCGUUUUCUGUUUUA